ACACUUCAAAAAGUCAGCUGAUCGGCGGCAGCCAGAGACGAGACCCUCGUCAACAAAAGUGAAACAAGAAUAGAUUAGUUUCCUCUUUCUCGUUGAUGCAAGGAACCAAUGACCCUUCUCAAAACCAAAAUUAAUUCCAUUGAUCAAGAUGUCGCAAGAAGAUUAUCUUAUUCUUCCGCAAGACAGGAGUACCACUCGAACUGGCAGGUCAUUUACUUCAAAAUGUGGACAGCUCUUCCUGGAUAAUGCCAAUAUAUUCAAGGCAUUCAUUGGUACCAACUUCUUGUCGAUCUCCUUUGCUCUUAGCAUGAGUGGUCUGUAUCUUGGCAUUGCUGGUCUGGUGCUUAUUGCAACUGCUACGGUCCACUGCUGUUACCUCAUUGUCAAGUGCAAGAGAUAUGCCAUCGAAGACAUUGUCAGGAAGUUCAACCUCCAUCCGGAGUCUUCCCGCACACACAGGAAGCUGGUCCAGAGCAUCGAGAAGUCCUUGUCCUAUGGGGACAUCUCGAGACUCACGCUGGGAAGAUGGGGUACCUGGGUCACCAACAUCAGUCUGCUCGUCACCCAGCUUGGCUUCUGCAUCAACUACUUCAUCUUCAUCGGCAACACCAUUCAGAGGAUGUUCCCUGUCACGAACACCACCGUCGUACCCGCAUCGACCAUCCACCCUGGAACACCACUGCAAUCACUUUCAUAUGCAGACGCACUGAUGGAGAGCACGACGCAGACUGCGAACUGGACUCAUGUUAUGAACAAUGCAGCACAUUCGUCGGCCCCGCCCUAUCAGCUGCUGAUGCUUAUACCAUUCCCAAUUUUCAUCGUGUUUGCUCUAUUGAGGAAGAUCAGGCAGCUUGGUUCGAGCAGUAUUAUUGCUAACGGGUCUGUUCUCAUCGCUUACGUCGUUGUCAUGUAUUACAUUCUCAGGGAUUUUGAAAUAAAUUCAACUAUUGUGAACGUGAACUGGAAACAAUUUCCUGUGUUCUUUGGGCAGGUGACAGCUUCAUAUGAAGGCAUUGGAACAAUUAUUCCGAUUGAAUCGAGUAUGGAGGGUAACCGUCACCUUUACCCUCUCCUCCUGCACAUCAAUGUUACCUUCUUCACCCUCCUCAUGGCUUCCAUCGGCAUUAUGGGAUACCUCUACUACGGCAAAAACGUCGAACAGAUGAUCAUAUGGAGCCUCCCUCUCCAGGAUCCGUUGACGAUUGCUGUCAACGUCACCCUCAUCAUAGCGAUCGUCUUCACCUACCCCCUUCAGGUUUUUCCCAUUGUCGAGAUCAUGGAGCAGUUGAUAUUUGCACCCGGGCAAUGUCUAGGACCGUCCAAGCAGAGGAUUAUGGAGGAUGGAGUGGAGGAUUCUAUUAACAAGUCUGAUAAUGACAGAGAAGACCUUAGUGAGAGCACCGAUGAGAAAACCCAGCUUUUACAACCCACCCAUGAUGAAGAAGAUAGGCAGAUGAUGCAGACGUUCCGCCAGUGCGUCGUCACGGUUACCAUACCCGACUCCGUCGCAACUUGGAAGAGGAAUACUUUGAGGAUCCUGAUUGUUAUCUUUCAAGCUGGGAUAGCGCUCACUCUCAAGAACAGUAUUGCUUAUUUUAGUGCCUUCACCGGUGCCAUCGGAAGUACGAUCCUAGGAUUCAUCCUGCCCUGCACGAUACACCUGGUACUGAGAGGUAAACAGCUGAACCCUCUUGUCUGGAUCAAGAAUAUCUUCUUAAUCGUGAUCGGUGUGGCCGGAGGAGUAGCAGGCGUCUAUGUGUCGAUCGUUAGCAUCAUUGAACACGAGGGUUGAUGUCUCUUACAGGUUGUGUCCCGCACUCUUCAUUCUCUGGUCAUGAAGGAUAAAGGCCAAAGUAAAUGGCCCAUAUUCAGAAGUCGGGUGUAAUUUAGGCCAUGGUCUCACUCUGUGCUAACAGUAUGGGAGGCCAAACAUGUCAAAAAAAUCUUGGUAACAUUGUAUGUUUCUCAUGUUUACUGUGCUCUUUUUUUUACUUCCUUAAUGGAGAUGAUAACCUAUCCCAUUUAUCCUUUCCAUACAGAAUGAUUUGAGAGUCAAAUGAGCUGAUAUAUUUAAUCUCUACUGUUAUAGCAUUCUGCCACAAUUGGCUAUCCAUAGUUAAACCACAACUGUAGACACAACUUCAUAUGGGCCUAUGAGGCCAAACUUCUAUAUAUAAAACCUUUGAUCCUAGACUGCUUAUCACUCUUUGGGCUUUGUUUGAGACCUGCAUCGCAAUCGUGAUGUUAAAGGUCAAAUGUUUUUUUUAUAAUUCAAACAUAAAUACUUCAAUAAUUUUGGCCUUAAUUCACAAAGGUUGUUUUAAAUCAGUGGUUUGAAACCAUUGUUUGUACACAUUUCACAAAUUGAUUACGCUCAAUCAUAUCAUAAAAACUGCAAACAUAAACACUUAAAUGUUGCCCUACAUGUAGUUCACUUGCUCUUGCAGCCCCUGUUUUAUGGAACAAAUUCCCAAAUUCUCUGAAAACAAUAGAUUCAGUUAACAAAUUC